UAUUACAAAUUAAACCGAUUUAUCCUGAAGCUUAUCGGACUAUGGCCCUAUCAAAGCAAAUGGAGCGCUCGUUUAGUGAGGGCUGUUAUCACUAUCGUAUUGCUGUCGUCUACAUUUUUUCAGUUCUGCAGUACAUAGUUGUAAUUGUGUACAUCAUAUGGAUGUUCAUGCCGGAGAUCCUCGAUGUUAUAUCGCCAAUGAAUGAAUCCCGGCCGCGAAUGCAGCCUUUUAAAGCUGAGUUCUUUGUCGAUGAGGAACAAUAUUUUUACUUCAUUCGGUCCCAUACAUGCCUCGUUGUUUUGAUAAUGCCACUAAUUUUUCUUACCACUUCCUCUCUGUUUGUGGCUCUCACGCAACAUGCUUGCGGAAUGUGCAAAUUACUGGGGUACCGUGCAGAACGCUUAUUUUGCGUUGUCAAAGGUGCGACGGGAUGCGAUUUAACACGGUCAAAAAUAAGUUGCGGAAACAUGGUCGUUUUUAUACGGCUGCAUUACAACAUUAUACAAUUCAUUGACAUGAUUCAAAUUUAUCACACAAUACCGUUUUUAAUGGACUUGCUGGGAUUAGUGCUUGCGGUGAGCCUCGCGUUAACGCAGAUGCUAACCAUUGGCGGUGAUAUUGAGCGCGCCUUUAGAUCUACCGGUAUCGCUAUUGUAGCACUGAUAUAUCUAUUCGUAUCUAAUUAUAUGGGACAAAAAGUCACAGACCUAAGUUCGAGCGUAUGCGAGAAGGUGUACAACUCUGAGUGGUACAAUGCAGAUGUUUCAGAGCAGAAAUCGUUGUUGUUAAUAAUAAAGCGACGCUUCAACCCGCUCGUCCUAACCGCCUGUAGGUUUUACGUAAUGUCUUUGCCGAAGUUUGGAAUGAUACUUCAAACGGUAAUCUCCUAUUGCAUGUUCAUGAGACAACUCUGAGGAUACUUCCAUCAGCUGUAAACGCAGAAAUAAGAAUAGAAGAUGUAGCCUUUUUAGCACGUAAUCCACGUCAGCCUACGUAGAUCUACGUAGAAAACAGUUAGUGAUCUUGUUCCUAACGCCACGUUGAAAGCUGUUCUUCAUAUAAAGGAGAAAAUUUAUUAGUGCGUUUGGCAGAAAAAAAGGUAGAACAAGAUUCGAAGAUAGCGUUGAGGAAAUGUUAACUUCUGAAGACGUAAAGAUGAGUUAACUGAGGUGUUAUGCUAUUAGUAUAUUCUAUAGUAAUAAAAAAAUAAAAUUAUUCACAAAUGUAAUGAUCCUUGAGCGACGUUUAGAUGAUCGAAAGUGACGUAAGUCAAAUUGUGUAUUCUGAUUAGUGAAACCUAUAUAUGAAUUCAUUCGCGCGUGCAGCAUUCUUUACGAUUCGUGUAUAGACUACGAAGCCCUGCGAGGUCCUCCGCGAUGCACUGGAUUCGGCGAAAAGUCGGCCGUAAGUCGCGAAGUGGAGUCACGACCGGGGCGAGGACGGCGUCCGUGGAAGCCGGUUUAAUAACAUUAAUGAAGGAACAGCUCGCGCGCGCGCGUACGCAAGAGCGAGAAAGCAGAGGCGAGAGUUGCUCUCGUUCCCCUCGACAUUUUCUUCGCCGCCCCUCCGCCAUUCUUUAUCCUUAGAGGAAAUAAAACCAGAGUUGUAAGAGCCGUAUGAUUAAUAUCCAGCCGACAGUUUGUGAAGCGGGCAGCCAAUAAACGGGAUAAAAAUACUCGUGAAAAAUAGCGCGCUCAUUAGGGGUACAGUGACAUCUGCGACUGCCUGCCUCGAGUGCUCUCGCGCUCUCGAGAGGAGCCCGGCUAGAAGGCGGGUCGAGGAGGGCCGAUGGGGUGAGCGGGUAAAAGAGAAGAGGGGGUGGGCGAGGGGAGGCAGCUCCGAGGAAGCCGGAGCGCCGGAAAACGGAGGGACAGAUUUAUUAAAGUAAUGGCAGAUUAUUUUAAUAUUCCGAUGGGAGUGUGCGCUCCCAUUCGUUGUCUCGUGCCAAUUCAAUAAUCCGCGCCCGGGCGAUCCUUUUCUCGCCCGGAGAGCGUCAUUAUUUCGGGACCGGAUGCUUGCUCCGUUCCUCGUUCGACGCCCGACACGUAGGAGACGAAUGGAUUUGCCGAUCUACGGCAAGAAAUCGUCGGAUGUGCGAUCGGCAGGGGUCCCUUGCCGCUUCGCGUCGCGAAAUUCGACUCUCGCUCUUAGCGCGGAUACGCGUCCACAUCUCGAGCGUAUAUGUAGCGCUAAGUGCGCGAUAUGGACCGGUACGUUAUGUAAUAUCGACGAGCUCCGCGCCGGAGAAACCGAGAAGGAGUGCUCUGUUUAUUUGAGCUUGAAGUGGCUCGAUAGCUAAAUUUUUGCCGAGAAUGCAAAGAAUAUCGCGCAGCUGUUGGCUUAUGGAAGCUGUAAGCGUUGCCGCCAAAGCAGUGAUAUCCGAGUAAUCGAUUCGACCGAUACGACCGCUGUAUUUUUUUAUUCGCCCUUAUUAACAUGCUGCGUCGCUAACAUUUAUAUGUUUUUUUUUAGGUUCCUCUCUCCGUGCCACGCGAGAAAUAGAAAAUGGGAUACGAAAAUACGUUUCAAUAUCAAGUAUCGACGAUGGACGGCUGGAUAAUGAAAGUUACAUUAGAGGAGAGUGCAUAAGAUGAAUGGGGACAAUUAUGACAGCGGGGUGAAUGAGACACCGCGGUGUCUUCUAAUGAUAAAAUCGAUGGUUAUCACGAGGUCGUUAAGCAAUCACGGUUAUUAAUCAAGCGCUCAUCGUAGAAUUGUUAUAAAAAGAAUGACUGCAGAAUUUAUCAUUGAGAGAAGUGACGGUACCUCAUCUCGCUACGCAACUGCAUCGAUUUGUCUUGAGUGCACAAUUAAUCAAUAUAAUCCAAUUGCAAUCACAAACAUGGCGGAAAAGAAGUGCAUUGUUACCGUAUAGCGUUUAAACAAAAGGCGUACACCGUUAAGUUGUACUCAAUUUGAGUCAUUUCUAACCAUUCCUAUAGG